AUGGAUGUAAAGAUAACAUUUCUACAUGGCCCACUUGAAGAAGAAAUCUACAUGAGCCAACCUAAAGGUUUUAAAAUUGGUAAUCCAGAUGAAGUAUGUCUUCUAAAGAAAGCUCCUAAUGGCCUCAAAAGAAAAGUGGAGAUUAAUAAGCUGAAGUUGCAACUAAACAUUGAAUUUGAGAUAAAAGAUCUUGGCAAGGUUAAGAGAAUUCUAAGUAUUGAGAUUGAAAGGACUGAACUAGGGAUAAUUAAGCUGCAUCAGAAGAAAAGAAUAGGGAGAACACAGAAAAACGAAGAAGAAGAAGAAGAAGAGAAAGGAGCUCAAGAUCUUCUUGACUCUGAUACCAUUUUAGUAAAGAAAAACAGAGUGAAAACCACAAGAUUGUUUUAUUAUGGUUUAAAAGAUACAACAGCUACAUAUACAACCAACUUCCUCAACCUUAUUCCUAUAGUCACUUUUGUUGUUUCUGUCAUCAUAAGACUGGAGAGACUUAGAUUGGGAAGCAAAGAAGGGAAAGUAAAGACAAUAGGGGCUUUAUUGUGUGUGAGUGGAGCUCUACUCACUGCCCUUUACAAAGGAAAUGAAUUUUUUAUAUCUAAUCAUCAUUCAGAUCAUCAUAGUCCCAUCAUCAUCACACCUCAUCAUCAUUGGACACGUGGCACAAUCAUGUUGGUUGCCAGCACCCUUGCUUAUUCAUCAUGGUUCAUAGUCCAAGUAAAAUUACAGAAACAAUUACCAUUUGUAUACUUGUCAACUAUGUUGACAUGUAUUUUGUCUUCAUUUCAAUCAGUGAUCUUAGGCCUAUGUUUGAACACAGACUCAAUAGCUUGGAGUUUAGGCUGGAAUCUUCAAUUGGUUACUAUAAUCUACUCGGGAAUAUUAGCAACAGCAGUGAACUUGUGCUUACUUUCAUGGGCCAUAUCAGUUCAAGGCCCAACAUAUCCACCAACGUUCAAUCCUCUUGCUCUUAUUUUUGUGGCAUUUUUAAUUUUUUAG